GUGUUAAUUCCGCGGUCCGUCAGUGUGUGAGAACCGCGGGGAGACUCCGGUGUGGAUUUGAGGGAUCUGUAGUGAUGGCUGCUGUUGAAACACUGCUUCAUGAAGCUUAGAAACCUUUACGGACCUUUUGUUUCGAAGCAGUGGUUCGGAGCGCGUAUCAAAUUGGGCAAGUCACGUGAUUUCCGAAAACGAGGCUUCGCUACGUCAUCAUUGUUUCGAAACUUUGUUUGCCACUAGGGGGCGUUGAUCUCCAAGUGAACCCACGAACCCGUGUCUACGAUGAGUUUAACUGGUUUCGGGUCAGUUUUAUGAUGUAUGAAUUAAAACUGAACCUGAAUAUCAUCAUGGUCCUUCUCCUGAAUCAUAACACCACCUUCAUUUUGCUAGGCAGCUUUAAUGACAAACACAGGUGCUGUGUGGAGUGAGAGAGUGUGUGUGUGGAGUGGAACAGGUGCUGUGCACCUCAGAACCAGAAGAACAGGUGGCGGGGGAAUGAGUGGGCGGCGGGGGGGCCGUGGGGGGCCGGAGCCCCCUGUGCUGCGGCGGCUGAUCGAGCUUCCUGCUCCGGUGCUGACUCGGCACCAACUGAAGCGUCUGGAGGAGCAUCGCUACAGCAGUGCCGGGAGAUCGCUGCUCGAACCCAUAAUGCAGUGCUACUGGGAGUGGCUGGUGAGCUGCAUGCCCCCGUGGAUCGCACCUAACCUCAUCACCACCAUCGGCCUCGCCACCAACGCCUUCACCACGCUCGUGCUCGUCUAUUACUGUCCCACUGCCACCGAACAGGCUCCAUUGUGGGCGUACCUGCUGUGUGCAGUAGGUCUGUUUGUAUAUCAGUCUCUGGAUGCGAUCGAUGGGAAACAGGCUCGGCGCACUAACAGCUCAUCACCACUAGGGGAGCUGUUUGAUCACGGCUGUGACUCUCUGUCCACUGUGUUUGUGGUGUUGGGGACGAGUAUAGCAGUUCAGUUGGGGACGAAUCCAGACUGGAUGUUUUUCUGCUGUUUUGCGGGAAUGUUUAUGUUUUAUUGUGCUCACUGGCAGACCUACGUCUCUGGAACGCUGCGAUUUGGCAUAUUUGACAGCACAGAGCUGCAGCUGUCUUUGGCUCUGCUGCACAUUUUCACCGCCAUCAUCGGCCCCAAAUUCUGGAAGUUAACGAUCCCAGUAUUAAACAUCCAGAUGAAGAUUAUCCCGGCUCUGUGUACGUUCGUUGGUGCUGUGAUUUGCUGCACUAAUUAUUUUAGAGUCAUUUUCACAGGAGGAGUCGGAAAGAACGGCUCCACCAUUGCCGGGACGAGUGUGUUAUCACCAGUCCUGCACAUCGGCUCUGUUAUACUGCUCGCUAUGAUGAUCUAUAAGAAGUCCGCCAUCCAGCUGUUUGAGAAACACCCCUGUCUGUACAUCCUCGCCUUCGGCUUCGUCUCCGCCAAAAUCACCAACAAACUUGUGGUUGCACACAUGACGAAAAGUGAGAUGCAUCUUCACGACGUGGCGUUUUUGGGUCCUGGACUUCUGUUUCUCAAUCAGUAUUUUAACAGUUUUAUAGACGAGUAUGUGGUGCUGUGGAUCGCACUGGUGCUGUCGCUGUUUGAUCUGGUGCGUUACUGUGUGAGUGUGUGUAACCAGAUUGCCUCACACCUUCAUAUCUUCAUCUUCAAAAUUAAACCAGUAGCAGCUCAAUGAGACACGCACACUGCUGCCGACUCUGUGUGUGUGUUUAAAACCGUCAGCGUGCCACAGGAUGAUCCUGAUCACAUGAUUUAUAAAAGAUGUGAUUAUAAGUUUAUGAACACUUUAACUGACAAUGAAAAAACUUACUUUUAUUUAAAUUAUUCUGUACUAAAAGUAAAAACUAAUGCUUUGUGUGUGUGUGUGUGUGUGUAAGUAAUAACAGGUGCUAAAUCUCAUCACAUCUCUGAGAAAACUUUAGAAACUUGCAUUUUAAAAUAAAAAAAGAGAAGAGGUUAGAGAAGUAAAUUUGAUUUGUCGGCGUCUUCAUUGGUGUUUCCAUGGCAACCGCCGAUCUUUAGCAGUCGUGGUGAUAAUGAUCACCAUUCUGAGAUCACGCCCAUUCUGUCCUCCCCACACACACGCACACAGUGAGGAUAUUAACACAGAUCUGUAAUACAGUAUGGUGAUUAUACCGUAUGAACCUGACUCGCGGCCCGUGCCUCGCCCCGUGCCUCGCCCCGUGCCUCGCCCCGUGCCUCGCCCCCUCAUCUCCUCAGUAUUGCAUGCUUUGGUUGUUUAUUGUUCUUUUUAAUUUACAUGUAAUACUAUCUGAAUUAAGUCCAAAUGAAUGAUGACUGCUGCUACAGAUGUAUUGUUAUUUGUAAAUCCAUCAUCAUUAUACAUUUUAUUGUAUUCUGUAAAAACAGGUAUCAUCUCUUGUUUUGUUUUUUUGUGUAUCUAUGUGUGUGUGUGAAGUUUAAUUCAGACUCCAGCCAUAAGCUGAUCUGUACACAUUGUCCCCUGUGCUGAUUCUCUCACACACACACAGCUGGAACCCAGUCUGCUCUGAUACUGGUUAUGUACAUCAGCCCAGUAGCUCCAGCGCAGGACUACAGAAACCCGUCUGGGCUAGUGGAGUGUGUGUGUGUGUGAGAGAGUGAUGAAGAGGACAGUGUGGACGUUUCAGUGGAACAGUUUUACUGAUGAAGCUCACCUGCUCUCACGCCUCAGUGCAGUUAAACAACUCCUACUCUCCCGUCUCACGGUUUCCUGCAGCAGGUAACAUGGUAAUGCUGUAACCUUCAAAUUAACCACAUUUUUUUGUUCCUUCUGCCCACUUUCUAUUUUUCUGAAUUAAGAUUUUGCCCUGUUUAUUUUUCUAAAACUAAAUAUUUUCCAUUGACUUAAACAUAUUCCAUAAACUAUAUUAUAAAUUGAAAGUACUUUGUUCCUAUUUUUUUGUCCCUUUAUUUUGUUACUUGUUUUUUUUUAUUAAUAUCUAAUCUACAUUUCCUGAAUAAUUUAUUGUGUUUCUAAAGCAGUUUCCUGACUCCCUCCAUUUAUUUGGAUUUUUAUUAAAUCCUCUUCGAUAAGUUGAAGCUCUUCUUCGUGCUGUGUGAAAUAAUCCUGCUCCACUGACACACUGAUGUGUACACGUUUACAGCACUCUUACGGAACACGUGUGUGUGUGUGUGUGUGUGUGUGUGACUUAUCCUCACACAUCAGCUACUGUUCUGUUAUUUUAACAUAUGGAUUAUUGUAAAAAAUAUUUUAUUUAAUGUUGCUUUUGCAUUCUGUGCCUGAAUCCACGCUGUGGGUGUGUGGCAGCGUUCAGUCUGCCUCGAAUGUUACAUGGAAUUAAUAAAAAAAAGACAUUUAAAAUUCA